CAACGGCACAUGCGGGUGUGAAACCUAAGUGAGCACCAGUGACCCAUACUGUGAUUUUCUUGAAUUUCGACUGGACGGACGACUUCUGAUACCAAUUGAGUGAUAUUUAUAUAUCGUCAUGCCGGCACGUCAUCAGAUCUAAUAACCCAUUGAGCCUCAACCCGGUGUUGAAACUCCGUUUCGGUUCUCUUACAUUCAAAGUUACUGGGGGUCAACCUGAGAGAGAACACCCAAAGUACAGAAUCCUCAGAAUUACAAGGAGCAUGGCUAUCGAAAAAGGAGAAGAAGGGACAAUGGCUCCCGUCCACCUCUUCUCGCAUGGAACGACGAUGAUGCUGGGCGAAGAGUCGGCCUCGGCCAAGUACUGGGAGAAAUGUGGCGACGAGGCAUUGGCGAACGGGAUAGAGCAUGUGGUCAUGAUGGUAUGUAUUGCUUUCUUCUCUUUCCUUCAAGGCGCCCAUUGGGCCACUUCCCUCCCCGGCAUCCUCAUCUCCGCGAACCCGCACCCCAGCAAAUCUCCCGUAGCCUUCGUCCACCCCAGCAAAUACGCCUCCUACCCCCUCAUCCCGGACCUUUCCUUCAUCCCUACCAUCCAAAGCUUCCUCUCGGCCUCCGACAUCCCCUCGCACCCAGACCCAACCUUCGACUGGAUCCACGACACCUACCUCAUCCUGCUGCGCAUGUUCCCCCGUGGCUGCCCUCCUACCACCCUUCUGUCUAUGAACCACUCCUACGACCCACACUUCCAUCUCUCCAUCGGGCUCGCCCUGCGACCGUUGCGCGAGGUGAAGAAGUACAAGACUCUGUUUAUUGGAUCCGGCGGGAGCGUGCACAACCUGUACCGCAACAUCUGGGGCCCUAUGCUUCUGCACCGGGAUAACUUCGCGCAGCCUACGCCGCCGGAGGUGUGGGCAUUGGACUUUAGGCACGAGGUUAUAAGUGCGUUUUGUCCGGGCCAUGAGGAGGUAGUGCCGAUGCAGGAGGUUGGGGGAAAGAGGAUUAAAGGGACGAGGGGACUGGGAGGGGCGGUGUUGAGGCGUAAGGUGACGAGUUUGAUGAAGCAUCCGAGGUAUCGUGAUGCGCAUGGGACGGAUGACCAUUUCAUGGCGCCCAUGUUUGUGGCGGGGCUGUGUGGGGGGAAAAAAGAUGAGGGAAUGGUGAGCGAGAUGGGGGCUGAGGAUUGGGAGUUGACCAAUAUGUGUAACUCGCAGUUCACGUUAGGCUCUUGGGGUGAAGCUUAA